AUGCCAAAGGAACCCAAGCCCAAGUCCCCUAUUGGAGGACUCACUCCAGUUCUGCCGGCCUCCGUCGAGGAAUCGUACCGCCAGAAAUGCAAAGAGAUUAAGAAGCGCAUCGUCGAGAUCGAGAGCUCCAACGACGUGCUCACCUCGCGUAUCCAGCGCGCUCGUCGUGCGAUCCAACGCAUGCGCCUGGAGCGUGCAUUCCUGCUCGAGCAACUGGAGAAGCGCACCGAUGCCCGUGUCGACGACUCGGACGGCAGCCCUAGUCCCCCGCCAACUCCCAGCAACAAGCCCCUGCGCGUCAAGCGUCCCAGGAAGGAUGCUCCCCCUGUCGACUCGCCCAUGCGCCAGGCCUCCGAGUCUCCAACUCGCGACAGCGGCGCCCGCGCCGACACCAACUACCCCUUCGUCAACCAGUCGUUCACGCCGGCCGAGACGGCGCCACCGUACACUCUUCCUACCAGUGCUGCCGCCACCGCUCCGACCAAGCCGCCCAAGGGAGGCGCGACGCGCAGCUACGGUUACCGCACUCGCGGUGGACCUAAGAGGCCGCCGAAUGCGUACAUGAUCUUCUGCGAACGCGAACGUGACGCCGUCCGUGAGCGCGAAUCUUUCAAGGACGACUUCGACAUGCACAAGGCGCUCGCGCAGGCGUGGCGCGACCUCAAGCACGAGGGCCAGAGGCCGUAUUUCGAGGAGUACGAGAGGAACAAGGCGUCGUACACUGCCAAGGUCAACGAGUUACGCGAGCAGCCGAGUGAUAAGCGUAAUGUGCCCGAACCGGAAUCUGAUGAUGGCGCGGGAGGCACCAACGACGACGACGAGGCCGGCGGUCAUACUCCGCAUUAG